CCUGUGUGGCAGCAAAUGUCGACGCAGCCACCGGCUUGUCCGGUUACCUCACUAACUUCGAUUCGGGGCCUCUCUCCCCCCUUCGUCAGAAAACACCCUUCCCUUUCGCUCCUGCACUUCUCCUUUCUUACGGGGGAGAGAGAGAGCGAGAGAGCGAGAGAGUCGCUGCUGCUGCUCUCCUCUGUUUCUAAAAGGAUGAAAGGAGGAAAGGGAAAGGGAGCUACGAAGAAAGAGGCAUCAUUAAAGCUUGUUGAUGACAGGAAGCUUGGGAAACGGAAGGCUGCUGUAAAACCAAGCAAAAAUAGUAAAAGGGCAGAAAAGAAAAAAAAAAUUGCCAAGAAAGAUCCCAAUAAGCCCAAGAGACCUCCUAGUGCUUUUUUUGUAUUUCUGGAAGAAUUUAGGAAGACAUACAAGCAAGAGCAUCCUAAUGUGAAGUCUGUGUCAGUGGUCGGCAAAGCAGGAGGUGAAAAAUGGAAGUCAAUGUCUGAUGCUGAGAAAGCCCCCUUUGAAGCUAAAGCUGCAAAGAAGAAAAGUGAAUAUGAGAAGCUUAUUUCGGCCUAUAACAAAAAACAAGAAAGUGUGGCUGAUGAUGGUGAUGAAGAGUCUGACAGGUCCAAGUCUGAGAUGAAUGAUGAUGAGGAUGAGGAGGAUGUAGAGGAAGAAGAGGAAGAAGAUGAUGAUGAUGACGAUGACGAGUAAUGGUAUAGAGGAGCAUAGCAUGAGCUAUCUGCACCUACACCAGCAACCACACGCCACACUCAGGUGACAUAGUGAAAGAUGACUAGGCUUCUUAGCAGAGUGGGAAAAGGAGGAAAUCUUGGGAAUUUUGAUCAUUCAAAGAAGUCUAUACGAUAUGGUUGGCCUCUAAUCUAUGUCAAAUGCAUGUUGCACAUGCGUAGAGCAUUUCCAAAAAGCUUGGGUGCUGUCUGAACAUGGCUAUAUACAUGCUUAAUAAGAUUGUCAAUACAUGGUAAGUGCAUUCGUCAGCAUAUUGUAAUUCCAUAAUUAAAAGAAGGUAAUAUAGUUGAUUGAACUCCAGAAAGUUGUGUAUUUACCAUUUUUCUGAGGUGUCCAGAUCCAUAACCAUGUCCUGAAGUUUUUGAAACACGGUUGCUCCAUUUCUUAGGAGUGUCCAUGUGAAUGCUUACGAUCCUGCAAAAUUAGCUGCUAUAAAUGCAGUUACUGUAUCCUUCUGAUCUGCUGACAUAUUGUUUGUACUUUUUUGGGUACAUGGAUUAUGACUGAACAGCUAGAUGUUUCCUUAGCUUCUCUUGUUCAAAGACAUCUGGACUUAGCUUGAUAUGGAUCUGCUUUGAUGUUGAUUGAUAAUUCCAGCAAGUUACUU